AUGCCUCCCAAGAAGAAGACUGCUGGGCUAGUAGAAGCUCCAGUUGAGGAAAGCUCUGCGAAGAAGGCUCAAGAAUCUGCGCCAGAAGUUGAUGGAGCCUCAGUAGAAACCGAAAAUCCCAAGCGUAAGAGGGCGACGAAAACUAGGCAAGCUCCUGCUGUCGUGGAGCCUGCGCCUAAGAGAGAUGACGAUGGCUUUGCUGCUUUACUCGAACCAUUCUACGAUGGAAAAAGCUUGACGGAUCCGAUUAGUACUGCAAAGGACAAAUGGAAUCUUGUACCGGCUUUUCUAAAAGUCAAAGGUCUUGUUAAACAGCAUAUUGAUUCCUUCAACUAUUUCGUCGAGCAUGAAAUCAAAGACAUUGUCAAGGCAAAUAAAAGAGUCACCAGCGACGUCGACCCUAAAUUUUGGUUGGAAUAUACUGAUAUUCGUGUUGGCGAGCCGGAACGAAUGGACUAUGAUGAUCGCAAACCGCAAAAUGAAAUUACACCUAAUGAAUGCCGUCUUCGUGAUAUGACAUAUGCUGCGCCAAUUAGAGUCGACAUCAAAUACAUGCGAGGAAGGACUAUAGUAGCUAGGAAGAAUAUCGCAAUCGGCAGAAUGCCUAUCAUGUUGAAGAGUUCAAAAUGUCGGCUGGCUGGAAAGAAUGAUCGCCAGAUGGCUCACAUGAACGAGUGUGCUUUGGAUCCUGGAGGGUAUUUCGUUGUUAAUGGUACAGAGAAAGUCAUUCUUGUUCAAGAGCAACUCAGCAAAAACAGAGUUAUUAUCGAAGCAGACCCUAAGAAAGGAAUCGUUUCUGCGUCCGUUACUAGUUCUACACAUGAGCGCAAGUCAAAAAGUUAUGUAAUGCUUAAAAAAGAGCGAAUCUCUCUUCAGCAUAAUAUCUUAACAGAAGCUUUGCCGAUUGUGAUUGUAUUGAAAGCCAUGGGAAUCCAAUCAGAUCACGAAUUAUUACUCCUAGUCGCUGGAUCCGAUGAGAGAUAUCAAGACGAGUUUUCAGUAAAUUUUGAAGAAGCCACCAAGCUUGGUGUUCAUACUCAACAUCAAGCUCUUGAAUAUAUAGGAUCUCGUGUCAAAAUGGGUAGCCGAGCCCGAGCACCGGGAGGGGGACCACGGAGUCGCAGUUAUGUUAAUGAUGCUCUUGAAGCGCUCGCAAAUAUUAUAAUCACACACGUUCCGGUUGUUGGUCUAGACUUUCGCCCAAAAGCGCUUUAUAUUUGUUUUAUGGUUCGCCGAGUCCUCAUGGCCAUGGUUAAUCCAACGCUCGUUGAUGACCGAGAUUACGUUGGUAAUAAGCGUUUGGAACUUGCUGGACAACUUCUUUCUUUGCUUUUCGAAGAUUUGUUCAAAAAGUUCAACACUGAUCUGAAAAUGAACAUUGAUAAAGUUCUGAAAAAACCUAACAGGGGAAUGGAGUUUGAUGCAUACAAUCACAUGCAAUCUCACGGCAACUACAUCACCAUUGGUAUGAACCGUGCUAUUUCGACGGGAAACUGGAGUUUGAAACGAUUCAAGAUGGAACGGGCCGGUGUUACGCACGUCCUCAGUAGACUCAGUUACAUCAGUGCUCUUGGAAUGAUGACUAGAAUCAGCAGUCAGUUUGAGAAGACUCGGAAAGUCAGUGGACCGAGAGCUUUACAACCUUCUCAGUUUGGCAUGCUUUGUACAUCUGAUACUCCUGAAGGAGAAGCUUGUGGACUGGUUAAAAAUUUAGCUCUCAUGACUCACAUUACUACUUACGAUGAUGAAGAGCCUGUCAAAAAAUUAACUUUCGUUCUUGGUGCAGAAGACAUCGUAUCCAUGAGCGGUAAAGAAAUCUACGAGAAGGGAGCUUACGUUAUUUUCGUUAAUGGAACGCCUCUCGCACUCACUCGGCAACCCAAGAAAUUCCUUAAUUCCUUCAGAAAGUUCCGACGUAUGGGCCGUAUUUCGGAGUAUAUCAGCAUUUUUAUCAACCAUCACAGCACAUCUGUUCAUAUUGCUACAGAUGAAGGUCGAAUUUGCAGACCUCUGAUUAUUGUAGAGAAUCAAAAGCCUAAGGUUACGAAACGUCACCUGGAAGAGCUUAGGAAAGGAACAAUGGAUUUCGACGAUUUCUUGUACAAAGGACUUCUCGAAUACGUUGACUGUAAUGAAGAGAACGAUUCUAAUAUCGCCAUCAGAGAAAAUUAUAUCAACGAAGCGACUACGCAUCUUGAAAUCGAACCUUUCACUGUGCUAGGAGCAGUUGCAGGACUUAUUCCUUACCCACAUCACAACCAAUCUCCCAGAAACACAUAUCAAUGUGCGAUGGGUAAGCAAGCUAUUGGUGCCAUUGCAUACAAUCAAUUUUCUCGCAUUGAUACUUUACUCUAUCUUAUGGUCUAUCCACAACAACCUAUGGUCAAAACUCGUACGAUAGAGUUAAUCAAAUAUGACAAACUUCCAGCUGGUCAAAAUGCCACAGUCGCUGUCAUGUCCUUCUCGGGCUACGAUAUCGAGGAUGCUCUUGUUCUUAAUAAAGCCUCCUGUGAUCGUGGAUUUGGACGUUGUCAGGUGUUCCGUAAAUAUUCAACACAAUUGAAAAAGUAUCCUAAUCGAUCUCAAGAUCGUAUUGCUGAUAGAGUUAUUGGCGAAAAUGGCAAACCUAUUGCAAAACACAGGAUAUUGGGAUCUGAUGGAAUCGCGUUAGUUGGUGAGAGAAUUAAUGCUGGAGAAGUCUAUCUAAAUAAGGAGUCCCCUUCAAAUCCUAACUCAACUGGAAUGGGCAAUGAUUUCAGCCUUAACGAUAUGAAGCCUGCACCAAUGGGUUACAAACUACACGAUCAUGCUUACAUUGACAAGGUCAUGUUCUCUCAAACAGAGAAUGAGAGCGGAGUUAUUAAAGUUCAAACUCGUCAAACUAGACGACCUGAGUUGGGAGAUAAAUUCUCAUCACGCCAUGGUCAAAAAGGUGUUGUUGGUAUCAUCGUCAAUCAAGAAGAUAUGCCAUUCGCGGAUUCAGGAGUUACUCCCGAUAUUAUCAUGAACCCUCACGGUUUCCCAUCUCGUAUGACGGUUGGUAAAAUGUUGGAAUUGCUCUCUGGAAAAGCUGGUGUCAUUAAUGGCACUCUCGAAUAUGGUACUUGUUUUGGAGGUAGCAAUGUUGACGUCAUGGGACAAAUUUUAAUCGACAAUGGAUUUAGUUACUCGGGCAAGGAUUUCGUCACAAGUGGUAUCACGGGAGAAUCUCUACCAGCCUACGUCUUCUUCGGUCCCAUCUACUAUCAAAAACUUAAGCACAUGGUUCAAGAUAAAAUGCAUUCUCGAUCUCGCGGCCCUCGUGCUAUUCUCACUCGUCAACCUACAGAAGGUAGAUCGAGAGAUGGAGGUCUUCGUUUGGGUGAGAUGGAGAGAGAUUGUCUGAUUGCUUAUGGUGCAAGUCAAUUGUUACUCGAGAGACUUAUGUUGAGUAGUGAUGCUCAUCAGGUGGAUAUUUGCGAAACUUGUGGAUUGAUGGGAUACUCGGGUUGGUGUCAGACGUGUAAGAGUUCCAAGGGGGUGAGCACAAUGACGAUGCCGUAUGCGGCGAAGUUGUUGGUGCAGGAGAUGCUGAGUAUGAAUGUCUUGGUGAGAUUGAAGCUAGAAGAUGAGUUCCCUCAUUCGGGUCAUGUGAGAGGAUAA